AUGCAGUGGCAAGACAAGGUGAGGUUCCUCCUAACCACACUCAAGAUUGCCUAUAUUCUUGAGUCCACCUUGGAGCCCUUAUCCGCACCUACCAACAAGGAUACCGAUGAGGUCAAGGAACAAAAGAAGAAGAAAGAAGAUGGCAAUCUUCUAUGUAGAGGACACAUCUUCAACUCACUCUCGGAUAGGCUUUAUGACCUAUACAACGACACUAAGGAUGCCAAAGAAAUUUGGGAUCACCUUGAAAAGAAAUUCAAGGCCGCGGAGGAAGGUACCAAGAAAUUUUUAAUUUCUCAAUAUUUUGAUUUAAAAUUUCUUGAUGGUAAACCUCUUGUACCUCAAAUUCAUGAGUUGCCAGUUAUUGUUAAUAAAUUAAAAGUGCUCAAAAUUGAACUUCCCGAGGCAUUCCAAGUUGGUGCAAUAGUGGCAAAAUUGCCACCAUCUUGGAAGAAUUAUAGGAAGAGAAUCCUUCAUAAAAAUGAGGAUUACUCUUUGGAAGAAAUCCAAAAACAUAUUCGAAUCGAGGAGGAGUCUAAUGUAGGGAUAAGCUUGUGGAGGGGUCUAAUGAAGAGACUUCCAAAGAAAAUGCGACUUCCAAAGUUCUUAAUAAGAACAAGGGAAAGACAAAAAAAGGAUUGUAAGCAUAGAAAAGACCUUAAGGGACCCAAAGUAAAUGCUAUUGAGGAGGAUAUCAUUGCUACUCUUAGUGAGUUAUAUUCCGUGUAUGGGAAAGUGAAGGGAUGGUGGUAUGAUACAUGUGCCAACGUUCAUGUCACAUAUCACAAAUCAUUGUUCAAGACCUUUGAAGAGUCAAAGGGUAACCAUGAGAUCCAAAUGGGCAAUGAGGUCAAAUCAAAGGUACUAGGCAAAGGUACCAUUAAUGUGUUUUUCACCUCCGGUAAGAAAGUCACAUUGGUGAAUGUGCUUUAUGUGCCCGACAUGAAUAGAAACUUGAUUAGUGGUGACUUACUUGGAAAGCCCGGCAUUAAGGCCGUUUAUGAAUCUGGUAAGCUCAUACUUACCAAGUCUAAUGUAUUUUUGGGCAAGGGGUACUCUUGUGAGGGAAUUGUAAAGACCGCUUAG